GACUAUCGGGGGAGAAAGUGCUUGCAGUAGUUGAACGUAUUCGCCACAGUUGAAACGGGUGUGCUAAGCUGUCAUCUUCAGGAACAAACGCAGACAUGAAUUACGGAUUAGCCAGCUUUGGGCUUCUUUGUCUGGUUUGCGCCGCAUAUGCAGUAGCUCCAGCCCACCACACGUCGUUUAUACCGGGUCUAGGCACUGCCUAUUCCAAUACGUACGGUAAUAAGGGCUACGGGAACAACUACGGCCAGAAGUAUGAUGGGCAGUACAGGAGAGGCCUCUUCAAAGGUGGAAAGUUGUACGGGCAGCAGGGUUAUCAGACGUCGAACGCACUGAGGAACAACUACAACGCCGCUUACAAUAACAAGAACGAAGAUCGCGACUAUAACAACGCCAAGUCAGUAUACAACAAAGGCAAAAGAUACGGAUACAAGAAUGGAUAUUCUUACUACAACCCGCACGCUACAUACGCUCACGGAGCAUACUAUCCAAGCCAUCCCAUCUACUCAACCGGUGGUGGAUACGGUGGAGGGCAUGGCGGUGGAUACGGUGGUGGAGGGCACGGCGGUGGAUACGGUGGUGGAGGGUACGGCGGUGGAUACGGUGGUGGAGGGUACGGCGGUGGAUACGGUGGAGGAGGGUACGGCGGUGGAUACGGUGGCGAUAUUGGUGGCGGAUACGGUGGCGAUUUUGGUGGCGGAUACGGUGGCGGUUCUGAUAGCGGCUUCGGUGGGGGCUACGGAGGCGGCUACGGACAUUAGGCUAAUAUCGCAUGCACCUAAUUUAUUAAUGUAACGAAUUGUUAAUUGCGGGCCUAGUAUUGUGAUUAUUUCUAUAAUUCUUCAUCAUGCCCAAAUCCCCUGCUCCCAAAAUUUAUUAUGGUGGAAGAAGAGUUUAUAUACUAUAACGGUAACAGGCACUGGUAUAUAAUCCCUAUGAUCUCAUUAUAUGUGCGUCCUUAAUAAUGUUUUGGAAACACUAAAUGGUACCAACAAAUACAGAAACGAGCGCUAAUGGUUAAUGAGUAUACCAAAAAUUGCAUGGAAUUAAUGUUGCACUAAAUUAACUUGAAAUGUUGGUUACGUAUAUAAACCGUGUAGAUGUUACUUGAACUUGCGUUUACGUCGAGCACGUAUAACCGAAUAAUAAUAGCUAACAAUACACGCGUGUAUUGUAAAUUGUAAACGAUUUUUAUACAAUAUCACGCGGGAGACAUAUUGCAUAAGACAUUAGGCUUAACAUUUUAUUAACGUUAUUAAUGGAUUAUAGAUCUUGAUAUACCAAAGGAAAAUAUGAUAAUGUUCUUCAUAGAAAUGUCUAUUACCGUUAAUAUUAAUGGCCGGCUUCUAUUGGAAAGGUUAGUAGAACAGUAGUUAUAUUGCCAGUGAGUGGUUAUAGCACAUUCAUGGAAAUGUUAAGGUACAUUUUAAUGCUAGUAAGUCAUAGAUGCACAAAGAUCAUUAUCGUCCCCCAUAAGCCUCUGCAUGUUCUCACAUACCAAAAGUUAUAUAUUAAUUAUUGAUUGAUGUUUGUAUAUAUUCGACACGUUAAUCAUUUAACGAUUUCUUUUUUGUUAUCAGUUUAUCAUGAUCGUACUUGUUAUGUUUACGUUUGUUACGAAUAAAGUUAAUAUUGAUUACUCUGAAAACA